GAGUGAACCAGUCAGGGUCUUUGCUACAUUUUAGCCCAUUGGGAGAUGCUCCGCGUCAUACCUGGAAGGGGCGGAGCUGUUUUUCUAAAGAUCCCGCGCUGUGCCGAACAUGCAGAGAGUGCGUGAGAAACGCCUGGAGGAAGUAAGAGGCAACUGCGACUGUUGGAAAAUUCAACACUGCGCUUUCUUUGCUGUGUUUUUAAAAUGUGGGCACGAGCUGUGUUGUGCGCGGUGCUACUAUCUGCGCUGUGUCCAGCGGGGAAGACGGAAGCCGAGAGGGACGAGAGAGAAGUGCAGGACUACCACAACUCCAACAGACUGCUUGGUGCGCUGCAUGAAGUGCUGGAGAGACUGCAAACCAAGAGAAUUAAUCCCUGGGAGAAGAAGUAUGGACAGGUCCCCUCUUGUGAUCUUGGGGAAUACUGUGCCAUCAGGAAAGGAUCUCGGAUUGGGAAGAUGUGCGACUGCCCCCGAGGAGCUUUCUGCAACUUCUUCCUCCUUAAGUGCUUAUGAGCAAAUUAAAUCAUGUCACAAAAGUUUAUUUUAAAUUGUAGAUUUAACCUUUAGAAUGGAAUGAAUCCUUUGUCAAUUUUUAUGUGAAAACAUUUUUGUGCUGCAUUAUAGGUGUUUUAUCUUGCUUUUAAAAAUGUUGUAGAGGUUUGUUUUUUUUUUAAAUAAAGUACACAGACCUUCUCAUAAGUUUUCAUACAUUGCAAGAUGUGUAUGUAAAAUCCUGACUAAUCAGGCAAAAGACAGGAACCCUGUUCAAGCUUGCAGUCCUUGUAUCAACACACAUAUGUAGCAUAAAUGUACCCUUUUGGGAUCUGUGAGAAGUCAUAUUUCUUCUGAUGAUAAAAACCAGAGUCUUGACAAAAAGUGUUGAGGUCAUGUAAUUUCAAACUAUUAAUGUUAAACUUAAUGAGAAAAAGUAGAUCGUAGCACAAACGAAGCAGAAAAAUCUUUGGAUAGCUUUUCACCGUGUGUUUGUGACAUAAACGUUUGACUUGCUUUUCUA